AUACCAUAUAAAAUUUAUUUAUUACUUGGUCCGUCUCUGAGUGUUUGUCCACUUUUGACUUUUGGAACUGUUCAUCUAAACACUUUGACUCAUCAAAUUCUCUCAAUGUGUAAGCCUAAAAAUAGUCAUGUGUGAUCUUGUUUGAUUCGUCUUAACAUAUAGAUUAUUAAUAUAUAAUUUUAUAAUUUUUUAAUAUACAAAUUACAAGAUAAAAUGGAUUAAAGAAGUGCAUUGGAUGGUGUGCAAAAUUGAAAGUGGACAAACACUCAGGGACGGAGAGAGUAAUACAAUUUGAUGAAAAAACUAAACUUCAAUAUUGAAUAUAGUUAAAUUUAUUUGAUGCUUUGUAUAUUAUUGUAUUAUUUGUAUUUUGCCCGUUUUCUCAUCUUUGUUCAUCUUGGCUUUGUUGUUCUUUGGGCUCUUCUUUCAACCCCGGGUUUAAUAUGAAAUUCAUCAGAUUUCCUGAUAUGAAAAGUUUAUGGAAAAAUCUAAGCCUGAGAGCUUUGGCUAUGAAUACAACUCAAGAAGCCAUUGCUUCACCUAGCGGAACCAUUGAAGUGGAAUAUGAACCUGAGCAUCUCCUUAUCCUUGUUCACGGCAUCAUGGGAAGCCCGGGUGACUGGACUUAUGUUCAAGCAAAACUAAAGAGGCAGCUUGGAAGACAUUAUUUAAUCUAUGCAAGUUCCUGUAACACCUACACCAAAACAUUUGCUGGGAUUGAUGGUGCUGGAAAACGACUAGCAGAAGAAAUCAGGCUGGUUGUGAAUGAGAAAAGCAGUCUGAAAAAGAUAUCGUUUCUAGCACAUUCUCUAGGCGGACUGAUUGCAAGAUAUGCCAUUGCUGUUCUUUACACUCCGAUCAUAUCUAGCAACUUGUAUGAUGUAAGUAAAGAACAACCGCCGUGCCCUUCAAAUAAAGGGUUGAUUGCUGAGCUGGAACCAGUCAGUUUUAUCACCUUAGCAACCCCACAUUUCGGCGUUAGAGGCAAGAAUCAGCUUCCUUUUCUCUUUGGUCUUUCCAUAUUGGAAAAACUUGCUGUAUCGAUGGCUUCCAUUUUCGCUGGUAAAAGCGGUAGUCAGCUCUUCCUUACAGACGAAGAACCUAACAAGCCGCCUCUUCUGUUAAGAAUGGCAUCAGAUUGUGAAGAUGGAAAAUUUAUAUCAGCACUUGGAACUUUCAGAAGCCGCAUCGUGUAUGCUAACACAUGCUAUGACCACAUUGUUGGAUGGCGCACUUCCUCUAUAAGAAGGAAGACCGAAGUCAUUGAGGUACCUACACAAUCUUUGGAUGGUUACAAACAUGUUGUCAGUGUUGUACAUUGCCCUGCCAUUUCAUCCGACGGUCCUCAUUUCCGCCCAGAAGCAAUCAAAGCAAAGGAGGCUGCCCAAAAUGAACCCACCGCUCAGAACACCUUAGAAUACCACGAAAUUCUUGAAGAGGAAAUGAUACGCGGCUUGCAGCAAUUGGGGUGGAAGAAAGUCGACGUCAACUUCCAGUCUGCAUUCUUGCCCUUCUUUGCUCAUAAUAACAUCAACGUGAAGAUUGGGUGGCUUCAUAAUGCUGGAGCUGGAGUAGUUGCUCAUGUUGUAGACAGCAUAAAGGAACAAGAAUUCGACACAUUUUAUGAUUGUAUUUCCCAUGAUUCAACAAACGAAGACUUUUAGGAAGUUGUAUGGAAAUGAUGAUCUUUGAUUGCAUGAACAAACAUAUCAAGUUUUAGUAUGUUUUGAGCAUAUGAAUUGCAUUAACUUGUGACUAGUUGUGAGUUAUUGUAGAAAUAUUCAAUCCAAUGGUAAGUAUUACAAACAAAAAAAAACAUUUUCGAAUUAAAGAUAUUAAUAAUUU